GAAGCCGGUCCAAUUGGAAAGCUGCUCAUUCUGCAACAAGUGCACCAGAGACCGUCGAGAGGUGCAGUUAUUGAGCAUCGCAGCCUGUUGGAAACUUGUUCUUGCAACGGUUUAAAUGGCGAACGCUGGUCUUGAAAUCCUGGGGCUCGCCUUGGGAGUGUUAGGAUGGCUGGGGGCCAUCAUAACCUGUGCCUUGCCCAUGUGGAGAGUGACCGCUUUCAUUGGGAACAACAUCGUGGUGGCGCAGAUCAUUUGGGAAGGGCUUUGGAUGAACUGUAUUGUUCAGAGCACCGGGCAAAUGCAGUGUAAGGUGUACGACUCGCUGCUGGCCCUCUCGCAAGACCUGCAGGCUUCCAGAGCUCUGACCGUCAUUGCCAUUGUGGUGGGAGUCCUGGGCAUUCUGAUCUCCAUCGUGGGAGCCAAGUGCACCAACUGCGUGGAAGACGAGGCGACGAAAGCCAAGAUAAUGAUCGUGGCAGGAAUUAUCUUCAUCCUUUCUGGGCUGAUGAUCCUGAUCCCAGUGUCCUGGUCUGCAAACACCAUCAUCAAGGAUUUCUACAACCCACUGGUGACGGACGCCCAGAGGAGGGAGCUUGGAGCCUCCUUGUACAUCGGUUGGGGAACCUCGGGUCUGCUGAUCCUCGGAGGGGCUCUGCUCUGCUGCUCCUGUCCUCCCAAGGAUGAGAAGUACGUGCCUUCCAGAAUGGCUUACUCCGCCGCCAGGUCCACAGGUCCCACUGGGUAUGACAAGAAGGACUAUGUGUGAGAGGGCAUCAGGUAGCCCAGCUCGCCCUCCCCAGGGACUCAAGCGGCUUUCCUGAACCCCUAAAGAGUUAUCGCUUUGGGGUGAAUCUUGUCUCAGAUUUUAUUGUCUAUUUUUUAAGGAGAAAAAAAGUUCAGAUAUUGCUAUCUUUCCAUUUCAUUUACUGUUAAACCCAAGCAAUGUUAUCGUGGAUGUGUGCGUGUGUGUCUAUGUCUUUGUAUAUAUCGGUCUGGUCCAUUUCACCAGUUGGUAGAACAAGUUUGAUCGUGAUUCGUGUAUUUGUGUCUUGGUUCUCCUUGGGUUCGGGGGGCGAGGGGGUGGGGGGAGGUUUCACUCUCUCUCUCUCUCUCUCUCCCUGGGACUUGGCGCCGCCCCUGCUCUCCUGAAUCCGGGACCAUGUCAUGAGCCUGUCUCUGUGUCUCUGUGAUUGACACUGGGUGGCACCAAUUAAAAAGUAACAUUACUGGAAACACACAGCAUGGAUAGGUCAACAUGAAGAAAGAGCAAGAGUGUGGGGAAGGUUGCCACUGAAACGCUCUGCUGUGCAUUACCAGAACGUGUAGUUUUUCUUUAUCAAUGAGUAACAGGCGGAAAGGAUGGGGGAGGGUUGCCCUAAGGGGCCAAAGCGAGGCAGGAGUCAUCCAGUACAAAUAUAUUGACGCUUGCAAAAUGGAUGUUAAUCAAUAAACUUUAGAGAAACAUAUUCUUUUAAUGACGAGAUCAUGUGAAACUCGGUGAGCUGAGAUUAGUUGAAGUGGGACAAAAAGCUUGGGUUUAUAAACGCUGCAGACGCACCAAGUGAUUGAAAUGUUUUGAGUUGCCUCAGACUGGGACCUGGCUCCAGAGAAUCCAAUUAACAUUCUAUUGCCUGAUACUAUAUCAUAUACACAAGUAAGCAUGUUUGAACACUUUAGCAGGAUGCACCUUAAGAAAUAGUUAGGUCUGAAGGUACCAAUAACGUCCAACCACCCAGCCAGCUACUCCACCCAGUCAGCACUUCUCCCUGUCUCAUUAUCUACAUUCCAGGGAAAUUAGUCCAGAUUUAGAAACUGAAAGUCUGCUCCUAUUUGUUUACUCAGGAUUGAAGGAAGACCGUGAGCUGUCAUUCCCCAACAACUCCCAUUCCCUCCAGUUUUGUCAUCUUCCUUUAUCUCUUUCUCUUUCCCCCUCCCUCCACCUCUUAACGAUCUUUUGUCUUGCCUUUUGUCUUUCCCAGCUUGACUUUCCUCUCUGUUCCCCUUUGUAUUUAUCAUUCAGUUGCUUUCUCUUUUUCCUUAUUUCAGCUGUUCAUGCAGUCUCUUUGUCUUGCCUUAUCAAUGAUCUCUCUUUCUCUUUGCCUCUCAUCUGUUUUGCAAUUACAUAGAAUUUUACCACACAGCCAGGCCAUUCAGCAGCACUGUGCCAGUGCUUGUGUUCCAGGGUGAGCCUUUACCAUCCUUGGUUUGUCCAAUCCUAUCACCAUAUCAUGUAUAUUUUUCUCCCUCAUGAGCUCAUUUUGUUGUUUUCUGCUAUUUCCCCCUCCCUUCCCAUAUUUAUUUUGCCUUGCCCUCUUUCGACAGGAGAAUUUGGAGGUGAAGCUACUUAUUUGCCGCUACUGUUUUCAUUUUUGUCAGUAUUUGUUGUGAGUACAAGGCUCUAACAAAGUAAGUUUGUUGAGGUGCUGUAAUGCAUUCUGUAGGUAGCACAAACAGAUGCUACAGUGCAAUGGUGGUGCAAGUAUGGGUAUUGAUUCCAAUGGCCAAUCAAAUAAUCUCUAAAUUAAUUUUUCCUCCAACCGUGCAGUGUUGCAUAAAGGAAUAAAAAAAGUUUCGCACCCUUACCCUCUGACACCGGAUAGUGUAGGUGACCUUUCUACAAGGAUUCUCACAGGUUCUCAGUCGGGAUCUGUGAUUCAGGAGUUAUGAUUAUCCUCCAAUCAUGCUUGGUCCUGACCUUGAAUGACAAGUGUUUCCUUCAUCAGGACCAACAUUCUUAUCUUGAAAAGCCAUUACCAAAGAGUUGACAUUUUGUAGGUGAGUAGACCCCAAAAUUGAAUCAUAGAAUCCCUACAUUGUGGAAGCAGGCCCAUCAGCUCCACACCAACCUUCCGAAGAGUAUCCCACCCAGACGCACUCCAUCC